AUGCCAGCCACCCGUCCCAGCACCAGAAUACAACGCCGUGCCCAAUCGACACCUUGGUCUCGACGUGCAUCCAGCCAUGUUCAAGCAAAGGAACCAGCUCCUCCCAUUGCUACAGCUGCGUCUUCUCAGGCAACUUCAUCGGCUGUGACAGCUGUCUCGGAUCUCGCAGAUGCAACCGUAACAAGGAUUGCAUCUGUGGUUGCCCAGGCAGUUGGCAAGGCA